AUGGAGAGCCUUUCUUUGCCAUUUUAUGGGAGCUUGAAGAGGUACUGGAGGAGGAGAAGAUACCAUCGGCUCGAGGGAUCGACCACCGGAAGGAAGAACAUGAAGAUAGUGAUGAUCGGAGGUAAUACUCGGCGGGUUUGGAAGAUAAGACCGAUACCCAGGUUGCGACUAAAGAUGCUUUCGCCGAUGAAGGUGUUGGUGAGACUGAAAGAAGCUUACAUGAAUAUGAUGCUUAAAUUGGCUGGCAACGUUGGCUACCUGAACAACAACAACAUGUUCGGAAACAAGAGAAUUCCAAAGGCUAGGCAGGUGAAGACAGUUUCUUCGAACGAAGAAUUUGAGAUGAGGUUGAUCCUUGAAAUCUACAAGUCUCUGGCAGCUUCUCGUCAACUGUCUUCGUAUUGA